AUGUCCCGAGGGUCCGGACCCGAGUGGCUUAACGACAUCUCGGUCGCGCUGGCCAGUGUUAAAGUUGCUGCCUCCUCCGGCACCGAAAUCUCCAUCUCUGGCACCGAAAUCUCCAUCUCUGGCACCAAAAUCUCCAUCUUUGGCACCGAAAUCUCCCGGCUCCUCCGUCCCGGUGACCAGGAUACGUCCCGCCCGCGGGCAGGGCUCGGCGGCGUUCCUGCGGGAAGCCCCUUCGCCCCGGCACGGUGGAGGAUAAACACGGUAAACCCGGCGGUUCCCGUCUACGGGGUGCCGCCGCGGGCCUCCAACCGCGGCUACAGGUGGGAGCUGCAGGCGGGGGGGCGGCGGCCCCAGCCGGCGUGGAGCGGCAGGCUGCGGAUCACCGCCAAGGGCAAGAUUGCGUUCAUUAAGCUGGAGGACAAGACCUCAGGAGAGCUUUUUGCCCAGGCGCCGGUGGAGCAGUUCCCUGGCAUCGCUGUGGAGAGCGUGACGGACUCCAGCAGAUAUUUCGUCAUCCGGAUUGAAGACGGGAACGGCCGCCGGGCUUUCAUCGGAGUCGGCUUUGUCGACCGAGGGGACGCUUUUGACUUCAACGUGGCUCUCCAAGACCACUUUAAAUGGGUGAGGCAGCAGAGCGAGCUGGCCAAACAGGCCCAGAACCCCGACCAGGGACCCAAACUGGAUCUGGGCUUCAAGGAGGGGCAAACCAUCAAACUCAACAUUGCGAACAUGAAGAAAAAAGAAGGAGCAACGGGGAACACCAGACCGCGUCCUGCGGGUCCUGGGGGUCUGAGCUUGCUCCCACCGCCUCCCGGAGGAAAAUCUUCCGCUCCGGUUUGUCCUUCCGGAGAGCGGCCGUCUUCGCUCUCCGCGCCCACCCAGCUCCCGGGCACCCCCAUCACAGACUCCCUCUUGUCCUGGCCGCAGCCCGCUGCUGCUCCCUCUGCCGCCGCCGCCGACGUCUGGGGAGACUUUGCCAAAGCGUCAGGGUCAGCUUCUAACCCGACUCAGGCAAACGCAGGCUGGGUUCAGUUCUGA